AUGCUAAGUACUGCUGGGCCAACAUGGUUAGCAACGACGAAUUCCUCAGCAAUCUUGGAAAUGGCUGGACCGUCACCCAGUGAGGAUCUUCGGAAUGGAUCUUACAAGAAAUGGCACGAGGACUGGCUGAGUGAGAUUACAAAGACAAGAGUCCUUGAUGCAGACUUMAAACGAKAAAUCGACAAUGAUAAAGUAUUUACGUGCGAGAAACACUUCAAUCCAGAGGAUAUAGAGAUAUUCUACUCCGAAAAGAUGAUUAAAAAGAAGCCYAAGUUUGGUGCUCUACCGACCAUAAACAUGCCAAAAAGAAGCCACGAGAGCAAUAAACCUUCUCCAAGACCAGCGCGAUCGGUUGUCAAGAAUGUCAURGAUUUAAGCGCAAGGAACUCGAAGUAUUACUUGAACUUUAAGGAUUUAUGCAAAAGAGUUGAAACACUGCAAACCCUGAAUGAAUGGUCAGUACAGAAGCUUGAAGAUAGACUGAUUUUGCGAAAAAUCAUGGCAAACGUCAUCCUCCCAAAGUUUGAAAUUGUGAUCGACAGUCUGGGAUUCACAGUCUCAGUGUUUGGUUGGUUGCUYCCUGAGGACCACGAUUUGUACACAGCUAAUAUGCGUUCAGUUACCAAUAUAACUGUAUCAGAUCUAGUGAAAUCUGUCCAGAGAAUGAUGAUUUGUCCUGGUGUAAAGCCAACUGAGUUGUCCAYUGAAAUCACGCACCAUGUUGUACCUAAGGCCAUUGAUACCUUGAAUACUGAUGACACUGAUACUGAGGCYAUGAACAGCUUUCAUUAUACAGAAUAUUGGAGAACUCGUGGUUGUGCAGGUUUGAUCGAGGAAUGUGGACUGUACUGCGAUUCCUGUUCUUCGUUUGUAAGCAAAUGCAGUAAACAGAAUGUCAAACAGAGCAAGUCAGCAGCUACACCAGCAUCACUAUUUGCCCCCAUUUCCAAAACAGCCCCAGAAAGACUAAAAUUGACACUGCAAAUGCAUCAGUUGAAAUGUGCUGAGAUUGAUACAGAACGAUGGAUCAAUUCUUUUAAGAAUCCUUACUCCGUAACGGUGAAUUAA